UCCCAGCACAAACAGCAACAAGGAAUACCUGUGGACUACUGUCUGAAGGGGAAAGGGAUCAUGGUAGCUUUGUUGCACCACCUAUAAAAUGAAAUGACUUAUUAUUACCUUGCCUGAGUGAGAGGCAUUUGGCCAGACCAUCACUGGGGAAUUAAAAAAAAAAAGAAAAAAAGAUGGAGUUCAGGGGUGCCAGCGACUUUAUCACACCCAACAGUAACUCGCUUACAGUUGAGGUGUCUGGGAGCAGUUCUCUCACCACACCAAAGGCCUUGGACGACCAAGAGUGGACUGACAUCGAGGGCGACGUGUCAAGCUCGGCUGAUGCGCACGACAACGGAUUUUCCUCCAUUAGCAUCGACACACUGGCAGCCCACCUGGAGGAGGAGUUCAGGCAGUAUUUAGUGGAGAGGGGCGUCUACAAGGAGCUGGAGGACACUGCCUCAAGAGUCCUCGAGAAGCUCCUGCAGUCCAAGAGGGCCGAUGGGACCCCGCUCCUGCUGCUGAACACGGGAGACGUUCCACCCAAGGACAGCAGCACAUCUAAGGCUUCUGGUUCAACAGAUAAUAAGGCCAAGGAUGACAAGGCGUCCAAGGAGGCCUCAGCUCCACCACCAUCUACUAAAAAGCCAGCCAACAACAGGACUCGACAGUCCCUAUGUAAUAACACUAAGCCAGAACCAUCUAAUUGGAGGAGGUCUUCUGCUGUUGACAAGAGGAAGGAGUCAUGUGCUCAAAACAAUUCUCAGCGAUCAGAGCGGCGAGCAACAAUAGCGACCCCCAAGAAAAAGCCUGACCAGACAUCAUCAGGUCAAGGAUCCUCAAAGUCCCCUGGGAGUGCACAGGCAGAGAAGAAGACUCAGUCAGAGGCUGCCAAGACCUUGUCAGAUAUCCUGCAGGAUGCACUCAUCAGCCUAAACCACAGGGCCAAGAUUGGAAUCCAUCUCUCCAACCAGCUGGGCAUGAUAGUCACACGUCUCAAUGACACAGGCAAAAAAUGAGCUGCUUUGCAUUGAGUGUCCAACAUAAUUGCUGCUCCAAUAAAUAACACCAGAAAAUCA